CUCGGGGGCCUUGACUUGUGGCGGCCUCUACUAACCCAAAGGGCAAACUACUGGCACAUAUUUUCAUAACGGACCCAGCUGAUGAGAUCAUCGCCUCAUCUCGCCUGCUUUGUGCGACGCGACGGCCUUGGCUUAGCGUGGUGUCGGUGCGCCGUGUCGUUCGGUGCUUGUUGUGACCGCGACGACGCAACCAUGACAACGAUCGGCGAGCGCGGUUGCCGCGAGCGGCACUGACGACGCGAGGACUCGGCGGCGGCAGCCUCCGCGUCGACGGCGACGUCGGGAGCACAGCCGCAGCCAAACGCAUCACGUCUUUGACAGCAGCUAGGCCUAGCAGCUGUAGCAGUACGGCCAGUCCACGCUCCGUACCAUCGCGGACGACGGCUAGGACGACGACGGCACGUCUUCUAGCGAUGGCAUCGAGUUCGCUCAGCCAGGAGGACGUCGACCACGAGCUCGAGGUGCAGUGUUCGCGUCGUUCGCGCAUCCGAACGGCGCGUGCGGUGACGCGCACGGCCGCGCCGCUCGCGGUUCGGGACCUGUCGGCGCCCGACUGCGAGCUCGGGUCGCUGGCGCUCGAAUGCGGAGGCGGCGACCACGACGCGUCGCCCAAGCCUCGGGCCAAGGACAAGCGAUGCCCACGGCCCAACCACGCCAACAAAUGCAAGGCGCAGCGAGAGCGUCGAAAGCUUCGCGAGAAGCGGCGGAGCACCGGAGUGGUCCACCUGCAGUCCACCGAGAGUACGGGUGGCAGCACAGGUGAAGAUGAAGAGCUGCUGAAUAUGUCAGCCGAGACGCGCCGCAACACCAGCCUCAACGAGGCUCUGCACCAGCAGGACGGGGCGUCCCAUGCCAUCUCUUCUUCCGCAGUGCCAUCGGGUGGAGCCACCAUGACAGGGACAGCAGCUUUCCAAGAGUCGAGGCCAUUUGGCAGACCGUGCAAGUGCCGGAACACCAAGAGCCCCUCUGACCGGGAUGCCGACGACGAGGACAACCAGGAGUACGACAGUGCUGUGAACCAGUCGGACGGGGGAAACCUGAGCUCCCAGGGGACUACUGCGCUGGCCCCGCUGCCGUCUUCCUCCUUAGCUCGAGGGGUGGCUGACUGGGAGGACUCUACGGGGGUGAACCAGGAGGCCCUGCAGAGGGCGCUUGGGGAGGCGGAGCGGGUUCAGGAGGAAGUCCGUCGACUGGUGCAGCUGCUCAAGGAGAAGGAGCUGCGCAUCCACUCACUCGAGCGGAGGGUGCUCGCCAUGGCCAAGGAGUUGACCGAGGUGACAGCCGAGAAUAGGGAACUGCGCGAGAUGAACAGCGCCCUCUUGGACGGAGUGCCUCUGGCCAUGCAGCCGCCCGCCAAGGAGUAAGGCCCACGCUCACAGACAAUGGCAGCUGCUCCCGGGAAGCUCUUCGUUCUGCAACAGAGCCCCGACAAGCAUCACACGUGCAUCUGUGUGUGCCAGCCGCGCCUGUUCGUGCGCUCUCGGCGGCGGUCGCUUUGAGGCAGCUUUUCUCGCGUUUCUGCGCUGUGGACAAUCCGGAGCCGGCGAUUGGCUGCCCAGGUGGGCCCUCUGCGCAAACGCACCCGAAGAUGGUUUACCGCAAGUGUAUGCAUUCGGUGAGACGGGCAGUCGCAGAUGCUGUCGCGACGCCCGCCCGGCUCCGAUUGUACAUGCAUGACAUUCGCAUCUGGGGCUAGUGCUAUGCGACGAUUCUGACCCACUUUGCUUUGAAGCCGGUUGCUUUUGCUUGUUUGUCAGCAGUCUGAGCCGUGUUUUGUCUGCCUAGUGACAAUUUGCGAGGAUGACCAGAAAGUUUCCUAAGAAAAUUCUGGGGGCACUAGUGUCUACGUGGACUGCAGUUGUGGCAGUUCAGCCAGCAUGCAAAUGAUGUGCUUGCCUAAACGUCAUCGAUCUGACUUCAAAAUGGCUUUGCAACCUUGCAAAUUGGCCAUUUUCAAUAAAAUACUGUGCUGCAAUGCAACAACGGUAAGUGCACAAGUGCAAAAAUUGCAGUUAUGCAUGUGCACAGAAACUUGUUGCAUUGGUGCAUCUAGGAAAUUUAGAUUUCUUAGAAAUUUAGAAAAAUAAAGGUCUAAUGAAUAACACCACCAGGACAUAUGAAGCCAGAAGCAUGGUUAUUAGACUGAAGCCAUGUAUAGCAUGCAUCAUUUUCAUGACGGGUGAACAAUCGAAGCACCAGAGUUCCCUCUGGUAACUUUUCUGCUGGAAACUUUAUGCGGACGACGGUGACACUUCUGGAACGUGCCUGUUUGGACGUUCUGCCGUUAGUGAUGGACUGCAUCGCGUCCUUCUGUCGGUCACUUUGAGGCAGCUUACUUUGUGCACCCUAGACUUUUUGCUGGAGUAUCCAGAGCUAGCCAUCGUCAGCCGGUUACGUAGGAAAUUUCGAAGCAGUGUUAGUUGGUUUUUGACCAGCACGACAAACAAGCGUGGGCAGGGCAAGAGAGAAGUGCGCUUGUCUUUGCUCUUGUCCAAUUGCCUUGCACCGUUCCCCCUGUUGCUUACGUAUUGCCACCACGCACAUGGCCAAAUCUUCGGGGAUGACUCCCAGGUCUGAGUUUUGAUGGGUCCAGCGGGCACAGGUGUUUGAGCCUUGCGUGACUAUAGCCUUUGCUGGAACGUUUUUGUGGGCUAGUUGGGUGCACAUCUGUUAGCGUAAUUGUAUGCGCAAAAAAGAAACACAUAGCCAGAUAAGGACACACUGAUAGAUCGAGUGCAAAGUCUUGCGCACAUCCUGGCAGUGUGUGAAAAAAAAAACUCACAACCACACAAAAAACGGACAUUUAUGCUGGCGGACUUAUUGAACAUGUGGCCAUUUUUGACCAGUGCCGAUAGCAUCCAGGUUUAGGCCAGUGACUUUUUAUUUAAGCUUCAUUCCAAACUUAAUGUUUUCAACCUUCAUCAUAGGCAUGAGCUACAUGAUAGAUGAUUAUACAUAGGCUUAACUGAAAGAAAAUAAUUAUGAUGCUCUAAAUUCAGUUUAGGAGACUGCAGAAAAUCCCUGGAAGACAUUGACUAUAUUUAAUACAUCACAGCCCUUGCGUAACGUGAUUGAAAGGCAGAGCUGCCAAUCUCUGCUGUGCUUUUAAUGCAGUUUAAACAUAAUGUUUCAUGCUCUUCAUCUUAUGCCUGAACUGAGCUCACAAAAGGUAGAGCACACACCAGUAAACUUCAAUGUAACAAUGUCAUAAAGUAUUGCACUCCACUUUCUUAUGCCAGAAAUAUUAUUAUUAUAUUUUUUUGCAUUGAAAUACUGUACAUUCUUGUGUGUGGGCUGCACCCCAAAAUUUUGUUGAAUAUGUCAAACAUUUUCCGGAAGUUAUCCGUGCCAGGGCCGUAUCUUGCAAAGUGUGGUGCAUUCAGAAACAACCACAAUCAGUUCAGUCGUUUGACCACUGGCACCUCGAUGCCCUUUCCAUUGAAUGCCCCCAUCUUCCUUAGCAGCAGGUGUGAAAUUUUGUCACAUUGAAAUUGAGCACUUUGCUACAUCGAGGCUAAAAAUAUGUGCGUCUCGAAUCUUAUGAUGCAGGUGUCUGACUGUUCUGAGGUCAUAGUUGAGUAGGUUUAGUGUUGUCUGAUUGCACCUGAAUUUUCCCCUACAUGGUGGUGAGGGUAAAGCUUGGCUUGUGUUUUCGUGGAUGUUUCAGUUCCUGCCACGUCUUCAAAUAAUCUUGCCGAAACAAACAUUGGAAUUUUCAUUUGCUCUGAACAUUUGUUCAAAUCCCCAACAAAAUAGCUGCUCUUAAAGGCCAGAUGCAGCGUAUGCUAUCCCCAGAAUGGGCUGUUUCACACAGUUCGAGAGGUGGUUUGGGACCCCUUUGUGGCUCUUAAUAACGCUGUAGCUUUCCUGAAAUUGUUUCAGUAGUAUCUACAAUUCAUUUAUAACCAGUUUAGCCAAAUGGAAAAUUUUGCUGCAUUUGGCCUUUAAAUAGUUGUUAGGUAAAGUUGGAACCAUAGGCCCAAAUGUUGACUAAAAAAUGUGCCGUCCUAUGUUUAUUUUUUAUUAUUUUUAUUUUUCUACUGUUUGGAGAAACGCCUAUACAUACAGUAGAACUCCGUUAAUGCAAUGCCGUUACGUAUGAUUUUCUGGUGCCAACGUUCACGGUAGAGAACACAAAAAAUGACCCAAGGGAGUUAUGCUUAUUUUUUUUUAGUGGUUCAUACAGUCCCGGAAAACGCAAAUCUUUCGGCACCGAAAUUCACUACAUCGCCAAACUGUGAUCAUGCGAUAUGUUUUCCAUCCGCUAGAUCCCGUGUAAACAAAAAAAAUGUGCAAGGCGCGUGCAGCUGAGUACGAUAGCCGCCCACUGCGGGCGCUUCACCCGAAUACAUACUUGCCCGCCCGGGUCGCACGAAAACAUCAGCGCGCAUUCAGUUUCUCAUUCUGGUGCCAGCAAAUCUCCUCCCAAGUCAUCGCAGCUAUCACAGCCAAUCCCAUUGCGAUAAGCAUCUAUCUGUUUUUACAAUGCAUGGGGAAUAAUGCUAUCGGAAGCGUACUGCAUGCUUUUAGUAGGCAGUAAUGCAAAUGCUCUGCCGUUGCCUACUGCGGGCAGCACAACGUAAGAGUGCCACGUUUUGCUCCAGCGGCAUCCGGCAUUGCCCGCAAACUCGUUUUGGUUUCGAAUUGCCGGCUGAAAGCGCCACCCAACAGGAAAACAAUAAAACACGUCUCGAGCUGCCAGAGCCCCACCAGCUCCACGUGCGUCGGUAGCUUGUGCCUUGUGCCGCCACGAUUUCUGCAGCGCUUCGCAUUACAUAGAUGUCACCUGCAGUCAAGUCUGCCAAAUUUUUUAGUUGCUUUGGAUCAUAUGUUUUUCGAGUUGGUACGUUUUUCUCGCCUUUUUUUUUCCAGAACGUACGAACGAGGGUUUACUGUACAUGACUAUACAACAAAUAAGCAAGAAAUACAUUCAAAAGAAAUCUAAAUACAGAGAAAUGUAUGUAGUAUUGCAUGUAUAGCCAUGUAUAGGCAUCUCUGCUUUUUGACUUUCUGUCCAUAUUAUUGUAACUUUCCUCUCCACUACCUUUUUUGUUCACCUUCAUCUUUCUCACCGCCACGGGACAGUUCAGGUGUCCACUCAGAAUUGAGACAGUUACGAUGCCCUUAAUUUACUACCUCUUUUUGUCCUUUUUAUAACAAACGACUACUAGUGCUACUACUUCUACAACAUAGGUUGGCACUGGUCACAGCUCUGUUGCUAUGAUAGUGCGAAUCUUGCAUGUACUGAUUAAGCUCUGGAAAUUGUAGGCACCUGUUAGAGAAAUCUUCAUGCGCUCUGCUCAACUUCAAGCUUGGGGGAUCAGCUUAGUGCCCUUCUUGUACAUACAAUUCUCACUCGAACCACUUGAAAGUGCUUUGUGCACGAGGAAUAGAUGGCAGUAGAAGACAAAGCAUAGUAGGCUGAUAUAGCACGUGAUACAGGGUUUGUAGUGUUCCUUGAAACCCUUGAAUGGUGAAAAUACUGUUUCCAAGGCCAUUGUAGCCUUUAAGUUUUAUGGACUGCUGCUUAAGAGGUCCCUCGCUGGGAUUGGCCAUUUUUGACAAGCAAGCAUAGGAUAUACAUGACACGCUGGCAAAUUGUGCCUGCAGAGUAUUGCGGCACUGUGAAAACACGAGAUUUCUUUAGAGCAAAUUCCUCACUCCUUCAUUCCCGAGGCAGUGUGAACCCAGCCAGAGUGCCACGGUAACAUGCACAAAUGCCUCUUUGCAGUGCAUGUUUCUUCACUCACCAGGACUAAUAAUCCAAAGUGGAAGAAACAACGGUACAAGAAAGAAGGCAGAGCUUAUGUGGCUGUAAGUCUCUCGGCUAAGACGGGGAGGGAACACCGCUUGGGAAUACUACUAUAGGGAGAGAGCGUCUCCAUCGACAGUGAGGCUCUGCUCCGAGUAGUAUGGUAACAGGACAGCUAAUUUAUUCUAUCUGCUUUCUAUCUGAUUCGAAAAAAUUCUUGUGAUAAAACGCUCGUUAAACGGCGCUUUACAGCUUCGAAUCUAUAGCCAAAAUUUGCAAUAGGGCCUAGUGAGGGGCACUUUCAUAAUCCUUGAGUUUUGUUUUCAGCUGAGCUUCGUAGAUUUUCAUAAGCAUAACUGACCACAAGGUUUGUGCAAGCGAACAGUCAGGGCAAUCCAGUUUGAUUAACACGUUCAUGGUAAGCAGCUAACAUUGUACUGACUGGUGAUGCGGAAAAGGCUUAGCAAGUGUUGUUUUUUUAUUAUUAUUAUUGUUUGCUCAUUAAGGCAGGUGUUUUCAUUUCACGCUAUCAGUUGUCAUGGUGCUCCAAUACAUGAAAAUGCUUUCUCAAAGCCUUGAUAGUCUGAAAACCUUCGAACUUUUUCUGCAAAAGCUACUAUAAGCCCUGUUCACAGCUUGCUUCUAGGUUAUGUAGCCUUGCAGUCUUUUCAUAUGCAAGGCAUUGUCUUGCCUCUCUAGUGCAGCAGCUUCAAAGCAGCAAAUAUUUGUGCGCUGUAUUGUGCAUAAUUUCCAGGGCAACAUCUAGUGUCGGCCCACAUUUGGUAAGCAUGGCUAGUGGCAUAACUAGCAGCAUGUUUAUGCUUUGAUGUCACCUAAAGUGACACUAACAAGAAAAAUUACUUGAUGUCGCCUAAAGUGACACUGACAAAAAUUACUUAAGCUAUGUUAGCAAAUUAUGCUUCUACGACACCAAGAAAGUGACUGUUAUUGUAAAAAGGGCCUAGGCCAACGAAAAAAAGGUGCAAGUACAAAAGGUGGGUGGCGAUGCCGCCUAGGCGUUUAUGCACCAGCUUGUCAUGAUGUGAUGGAUAUUGGUGGCAUUUGCUCGGGCCUAGGCGAUUUUUGUAUUGGUAAAGAUGGAAUAUAUUCUGCCCUGAAAACCAGAGGGAAAUGAAGCGAGUCUUGAAAAGUUUUACUAUGCCACAGCAGCCCAAAUAUGCAUCUAUAUGGGCACAAAAUUUUUAAAAAUGGAACUCUAACCUUCUAGCCUGUAUUAGCACAAAAUGAAUGAAAGUGGAGUCCUCAGAAAAAAUUUAUCAGCAUAAACUGAUUGGGUGUUUCUCUCAACAGUUUCGCUUUAUGACUGGAGUCUUAUGGAACGUCUUCAAGUAGCGUGAUGCUUUUUUAGCAGUUGAGUGACAGCAGAGUAACACAGUAAUACCUCAAGGGAGUACCCACACUGUCAACAUGGGUGCAUCGAAGAGUAACUAGAGUGAAGAAAUGAAGCGCUUAUGCUAAUGGCCAAGAGAGCAGUUUUGAAAUAACAUCCUCUCAACAUGAUGCGGUAUUGAUAGCAGAUUCGUUUCAAGGAAUUACACAGGUAGUUCCGAAGCAAACAUCAAACAGCAUUUCAUGAGCAGCUAGGUACAGCCGACAUGGGUAGGCACAAUGAUGUUUAAAUGGGGAGCGUGCUAUGCAUAGUACCGCAACACCUUCGCUGCCCGAAACAAUGAGACUCGGGUGCACGAAAGGCUAGCCGUUGGUGUUCAUUAAAGCUCAUUCCUGCAAGCAUGGGCGUGCCGAGAAAAAGCGCAUCCCGCUAAGGAAGGGAAGCUGUGCUCCUUAGUGUGCCUUUGUAUGAUCGCUUUACAGAAUAGACAAACCGCAUCUGAAGAAAUGCAAGAACGUAAAGCACAGGUGUCUUAUCUGUGUUGCCGGAGAAGACAAAGGUCUCCCCAGUUUUUCUCAAGCCGAUCACAAAUCGGAACCACUCGUUCAGCCUGAGCAGUGCUCCAACCUCGGCUCCAUUGUCGCAACUCGUACUGAAUGUGAUAUGGCACAGUGGUGCAGACGGAUAUACAAAAAGUCGGCACUUUUAAGGAGGUUUUUGGCCGCAGUGGUGCAAGUGAAAUUUACAGUCGCUUGCAGAUUUAUGCACUACAGCCGGGAAGGAAACCUGGCAUAUGCCAAGCCGAAUAUUGGUGUGGCAGUUUUACAGAUUGGGGUAAUCGACUUUUCACAAGAUGGCAGCACUGCCCUCCGGACUCCAGGGCACAGAGGGUUCCACACUAUUGCAAACUGUGUGGAUAGAGUGAACAGGUUUUGGCAGGCAUGAACCUUCAAAAACCUGUGAAAGUGAACUGGUUCACUACAAAAUCAGUAAUUACAAUAUGUUAAUUAUUCUCAGAUAUCUGCUACCAUAUUUUUCGAGUGGCUGCGCCAGUCCUGUCUUGUCAUUUUCUGGCUUACAUAUUCUCCGUCCUCGGUAAAGGUGACACUAUGGCCAGCUUGGAGCACUAUCAGUGCUUUAGCUUAACAUGAUAUUUUCCUCUAGUAUUCCUUGCUUGGUCUGUUCUUAGUGGUUGAACCUCGUGAUUUGGUUUGUCGUAUUCAGAUCUGGAAAUAAUAUUUCAGACAAUGUUUUGUGAGCAGAGAGUUAAACACCUGUGGGGUUAGAUAUCCGGUGGACCAUUAGGGUUACAGAAUGGGUGCCACGAGAAGGGAAGCGCAGUCGAGGACAGCUGAAGGCGCUAAUUGGAAUCGGCUGGUGCAGGACAGGGGUGACAGGAGAUCACAGGGAGAAGCCUUCGUCUUGCAUUGGACACAAAAUUGACGAUGAUGAUGAUUAUGAGAACCUUGCUUCGACUUUGCCACUGCUGCUGUCACUAACUUGCAUACCACUUUAGGAGAGGGUUCAGAGAAGUGUGGCAGGAAGGAAAGAUGAUGUGAGAAACUCGUUUGCGUCUUUGCUCCGCGUUGCAUGUGCACAAUGCCUUCCCGACUGCUCUAAUUAUCCGUGACCCCCCCGCAACAGCAUUGCAGAAACUGCAGCGCUUACCGUUCUACUAAUGUGCCAAGUCCAGAGGGGUAGAACCGAUGCAGUCACGAAACAAGUGAAUAGCAGCGUUUACAUCCUGUUUUACAGUCUGUCAGUAUGAAUCCACUGCUAUCUUCAGUUUUGAAGACUGAAACUUGUUUUGGCUGUUUUAAUUGGUCAUGCAACUUCACUGCCUAUUUAAAAGCAGUGGCUGUUUGGGCAUCCAGGUGCUACUCUAAAUGCCCAUUAUUUUUGCGCAAUCUUGCCGGCUAUCCAGCGUGUUUAUCUACUAUGCCCCUCAAAGAUUUGACAAGUCUUAUCCCAUAGCAGUGGUUUGAUUUCAAGACUGCCUUGUAGCACUGCUAUUCUUGCUUCUAUUGAAUUGUCUGGAUUGGUUCCAGUGAUGUUACGGUGAGGUUAUCUCAGACGCACUGGCUAUGGCCCCGGACAGUGUUACUUUACUGGGAGUGAACCCAUACAUUAUUUUUCAUGUGCAGAAACACAGUGUGCAGAGAACAAAGAUGCAUUCUUAGCAGCACUUGCACAAAUAGUUCCUUCAUUCUUUCUAAGUGAAGUUACUGGAAGGCAGAUGUGCAAACACACAGGAAGGAAUGAACAUGCGAAACAAGUAGCAUCAAUAAGAAACUAACUCAGCCUAACUGUUUGUUGACCGGCUUAGUGGCUAACACUUCAUUACAUUGUUGUGAUCGCAAGCACACUCCGAUGUUUGCACACAGUAUAGUUUUGUUUAGGCAUGAGCACGAAGUUAUGAUCGUGGCUUUGCAUAUCAUUAAUAGCAGUAGUUUGUGCAAAAGUCAGCCCUCAGUUAUCUUGCUCGAACAAGAAAUGUCAUGCGUAAAUAGUUAGUCUUAGCAACUGCCCGCACAUGUCCAUGAUUGACAGGUUGACGCUGCUUCAACUUGAGUAUGUGCAGAUACCGUAUUUAUGUGAUUAUAAGGCCAGGGCACAUUUGGGGUACCUAAGGAAAAGAACCUAGGUAUGCACACUGAUAUAAGGCGAUAUAGAGUAGCUGACAGAAUAUUGAGGCAAAAGCCUUAAGUGGCUCGUUAUGGCACCAAAUAUGGGGGUCGAACCCUCGAGUUUUCGUGGGAAAAAGCAAUAGGAAGUAACAAAACAUCAGAAUGAAAAUGUCAAGUAACGUAAUGAAUGUCUCGUGUGCAGGCAAGCUUUCACCUUCGUCCUCUUUAGAGUAUGCUAAAGUGACUGCCACCUUUUCAGGCUUGACGGAGAUCACCUGAAGUACCAAAUAAUCGUUAGCCCCUGGAAUAAUUCUUGCGAAUCAUACACAAAUUUUACCUUGAGACGCAACUUCGUGGUAACCUCAUUUUCGCCUUAUAGUGUGGCUUUACGGCAGUGCACGACGUGCUUCCAUGAAGGCACCAAUCAGGCAGAAUUCAUGUUGCCAUGAUGUUACACCUCGAGGCAGAAUUUACAUAUAACCUACACUCAUGCUUUGCUGCUAAAUUUUUCUAAUUCUUGGUGCAGGCUACAUGUACAAAAAGUACGGUGCUGCCUCACCUAGCAAGGCUUAUUGCUAAAAUUUUAGCUACUGGCACCAUAUUGACAUAGUAACUGAACCUAUCAGCCUUGCACAUGAGGUGGGAGAUCACUUUAAGGCUAACUCUGGAGGAAAAGAAUACCUCACCUUAUAUUGGAAUAAAUGUGCUAACUUUUGUCUCUUCCUUCGCUUUCCUCCACUGUGCAACUCUACAGUUGAUAGCCUGUGUUGUCUGUGUAGUUCCUUUUGUGCGUGUUUGCACAUCUGAAUUUUCAGUACGAUGAAAGAUGUAAAUAAAUAUUAUUUAUUUUUCGCUUAUGGAUUGUUGGAAGGCUGAUGCACAUAACUAGGUUCAUGCAAAAACGGCAUACUUUGAUGAUGAGUUGUUUAUUCAUCUUGUGUCUUGUCGGACUGUUUCUGCGAAUAAUGCAUCUCCACCAGCUAACCGUAAUGUCCGCUGUCAUUAAAACAUGUGCUUUCACAAAGGUGAGGCUGGCACGCUUUAUAAGAACGUGGAAAAAUUGUGAGAUGCAAUGUUUCCUCCUGUAACAUGCUGGCUUGCAAUGCUUUUCAUGACUGUCUUUUACAUGCCAAGAUAGGAGAGAAAAGACAUGUGCUACAUCAUGUGUACUCAUCUUCCAUCAGCUGUGUUUGACAUUGCAUGAUCGUGACUCAUUGGGCAGCACCACCAAGCAGUGGCAGCAUUACUUGUAAUGCUUUUUUUUUUAAUGUCAGCAUUUAUUCAUGUGGCUGCUAUUGUCAAGUUUUCCUGGUCAAUUUGGAACAGCUUUCUGUUUUAUGGAUCGAAACACAUGCUUCUUGUGUUGAUUUAGGGUGUGCAUGCAGGUUAUAGUGGCAUAUGACAAUUGGUCUGUGUGGCAUUGAGAUUGCCAUUACAUUAUGUAUAGGACCAGCCAUUUGAUCAGGCCUCCUGAGCAGUGGAGCAAAAAAAGGCGUACGAAUUGACCAGUGGAAUUCACCUUUGGUCAUUGGACACACUUGAAAAUUUGUGUUGGUACUUUUUUGAAGUAUGUCGCUCUACCUUAGCACAGUAAAAGAUCGAAUCGAAACUGGCCUGUAAAAGGUGGCUGAGAUAGCAUGACCUGACUGUGCAUGUUUAUGACGUUUAAAACUAGGUACAAGGUUAAGGUUGUGGUCACCUUUUAUUCCUAUUUUUGUUCUUGCAUUUUAGUUUUGAAGACCCUUCUAUAGCACUCACAGUGGUCUUUUGUUUUGUGUAUGUGUGUGUGUCGGUUGCCUGUGUGACAUUGAUUUGCCAAUUUCUUGGAGUACACUGAGUAUGCACUGUUCCUGGUGCAUCACUGCUGUUUCUUUUUUUUUUGCACUUUUAAACUUGAUGAGAUGGAACCUUCAAACCAUGUGAUUCUGUGGGAGGCUAGUUCCUUCUAUUUUCCAACAGUCUGAAUGUGUUUCCAUCAGCUGGAAUACUGAUGCUAAGUACCUCACUCUCUUAAGCGUUGCCUACUAGAAGCGCUAUAUCAAAGUACGCAGUCCACCUUUUCUCUGCUGUGCCUCAUAUAUCGAGGUGCGUGCACAUUUCGGUUGUGCUGAAGAACUCUGUACAGUGACUGCUUGCAAAUCACUGGGAGUGCAAAUGUGGCAAGUCAUUAUUUUUUGCCAGCUUAAUUAUGAAAGUCAUUGCUGCCAAAGUGCGCACAUGUGUCUGUGUGCUGUGCUCUGCUUGGAUUCUUGAGGAAUAAAGCCAUAGCAUGCCAGUA